AUGGCUGCUGGGGCGGCGGCCUGCGGUGUGAAAGAGGCGUUGAUUCUCCUCGGCCUUCCGACGGGGGCGUCGCGCAGCGCCGUGGAGAGCGCUUUCCGCCGGCGUGCGCUCCGGUGCCAUCCAGACCGGCAUCCCAAGGAUCCCUUGGCGAAAGCCCGAUUCCUCCGAUUGAGCCGAGCAAAGGAGCUGCUACUCUCAGCGGCAGAGAAGGUUUUCACCAAGCCGAAGCAGCCGACCUUCACUUCCAGGGAUACAGCGGAGCAGAAAAGGCGGGCUCAGGAGCACGCCAAGCGCGAGCGUGAGCGCCAAAGGGCGGAAGAGCGGCUCAAGCAGCGGGAGGCAGAGGCCCGAGCUCGCAAGAAGCGAGAAGAGGAGGCGAGCGCCGAGGCCGAACAAAGACGAGCGGCCCUUCGUGCGGAGGAGGAGAGGCGAGAGCGCAUCGCGGCCGCAGAGCGGCAGCGCGCGGAGAUAUUUGAGGCUUACCGCCGGAAGCGCAGCGCGCAGAGUGCAGAAGCGGCGCCUCAGGUACCACUCCGUUCAGGUUCCAGAACGCCGGCACCUGUUCGUGCAGAUCCUGCUGUCGGCCAGAGACCUGGGGCUGCCCUGUCUGACCGGCAUCGGCAAGCGCUGAAGCGACUUGAAAAGCGACGAGCAGGUGGAGAGGGCUUCGAGGUUCCGUGUGGCUCCUGGUGGGUCCAUGACCUCGAGGUGGACCAGUACCUCCUUCGCGAGGCCUUGUACGGCUUUCCCUAA